GCCUAUUUUAUCCGGUGUUCCUGAGGGGAGAGAGAGAGAAGCCCCCCGAGAGAGAGAGAGAGAAGCCCCGCGCUGUCUAUGCUUCAGUAGAGAGAGAGAGAGAGAGAGAGAGAGAGAGUCCGAGAUGGACAUGGAUGUUUUUGUAUUCCCUUGACCGAGACCCGCGGGCAAGCCGUCUAUGCUUACUUCUUUAUUCACAGCUAAUCAUCCACCCAGUCCAUGGAUGUCAAGACGCCACAUAUAAAUUUAUAAAUAUCUACGUAUCCGAGCGCGUUGAACAGUCAAAAAAGCAAAACAAAAACGAUUCUUCCUCCCCAAACCAGGUAUGAGGUACCCCCUCAAUUUUCCUCCAACUCUUCCCAGAAACUGCACUGAAGAAGCAAAACCCCAGUAAUAAAAUCAGCGUCAGGGGUUUCCUGCUGGUCUUUAUCUGGUCUUAUUCAAUUCCAAUUGCGUGGUUGUUGCUCUCGAUGCUUUGAACUGCCUGGGCGUUCUUUUUUCGGGUCAUUCAAUCCGCGUAUCUAUAAUGGAGUAUUAUGCACGAAUGAUUGAAUUUCUGGGUUUCUGUUUAUUCUCAGUCAAAUCCGAGUUUGUAGAAUCUGCGUAAGUUUAUAAGGUCGGUUUGAUACGUUUGUUUGGGUCGUUGUGAAUUGGGAUCUCCUGUUUGGAUUAUAGUGUACUGUUCUGUUCAUGGGAAUUUCAUAUAGAGGACCAUUUACAUCUCAGUAAGAAUUUAUUGUUCUUUCCGGUAAUUCAGGUUCCGGCCUAGCUUACGUGCACAUGGAUUAAUUCUGGUUAUCGGGGAAGGAUUAUUUGUUGUUCUUUUCGGUGAUUCGGGUUCCGGACAAGUUUACGUGCACAUUGACUAAUUUGACUAAUUCUGGGUAUCGGGGAAAGAUUAUUAAUUGUUGGUUAUUUAGAUUUGUAAAGGAGGUUUGUUGUUGGGUUUUUCUCUGGAAUUCAUGGGUUGUGUUUGCGGUAAGGCGUCUGCUGUCCAAGAUAGCAGGGAGAAUGAGUCGAGUAAAGGGUCGUCGAAGGUAUAUGUGAAUCGAGUUACAUCUUCGAAGAGAGAAGAAUUGGUGAAAAGGAGGUCGGAUAGGGGUGAUGCUAGAGUUGGGUUCAGUGAUACGAAAUUGGAUGGUUCUAAUAGGGUGGGGGAUUACCCAAUUCAGAGGAAGAGAGAGACUUCUGAAGUUAUUGUUUCUUAUUAUCAGCGUAUAGGGAGCAUACCAAAAGCUACAGAAGGUGAACAGAUUGUUGCAGGUUGGCCUUCUUGGCUUGCUGAGGUAGCUGGUGAAGCUAUCAAGGGAUGGAUACCGCGGGGAUCUGAUACUUUCGAGAAAUUAGAUAAAAUUGGCCAAGGAACUUAUAGUUGUGUAUACAAGGCUCGCGAUCUAAUUAAUAAGAAAGUUGUUGCUUUGAAAAGGGUGAGGUUCGACAUUAAGGAUCCUGAGAGUGUCAAGUUUAUGGCAAGGGAGAUCCUCAUUUUGCGCAGGCUUGAACAUCCAAAUAUAAUUAAAUUGGAAGGUUUGGUCACUUCACGGGCUUCUUGCAGCUUGUACCUUGUUUUUGAGUAUAUGGAACAUGAUCUUACAGGACUUGCAUCACUACCUGGUGUAAAAUUCUCUGAACAGCAGGUUAAAUGUUACAUGCAACAGCUGCUGAGUGGACUUGAUCAUUGUCAUAGUCGUGGUGUUCUGCAUCGUGACAUAAAGGGUUCAAACCUUCUAAUCGACAAUCAUGGCAUCUUGAAGAUCGCGGAUUUUGGCUUAGCAAGUUUUUAUGAUCAUCGUCAGAGUGUGCCAUUGACGAGCCGUGUUGUGACUCUCUGGUAUCGUCCACCAGAACUUCUACUUGGAGAAACUCAUUAUGGAGUUUCAGUGGAUUUAUGGAGUACUGGUUGUAUACUAGGAGAACUAUAUUCUGGGAAGCCUAUUUUGCCCGGAAGAACAGAGAUUGAGCAAUUGCACAAGAUUUUUAAGCUUUGUGGCUCACCAUCUGAGGAUUACUGGAGAAAGUCAAAAUUACCUCAUUCUACGGUGUUCAAACCUAAACAACCUCACAAACGAUGUCUUGCAGAGACAUUUAGAGGUUUUAGUCCCACUGUUCUGGGCCUUAUCGAGAUUUUACUAUCCAUAGAUCCGACACAACGAGGAACUGCAGCACGUGCUCUCGAAAGUGAGUAUUUUACCACAAAACCACUUGCUUGUGACCCUUCCUGUCUGCCAAAAUAUCCUCCCAGCAAAGAGCUUGAUUGCAAAAUGCGGGACGAAGAACUUAGAAGGCAAGGAGCGGCAGGAGGCAGGGGUCAGAGGGUUGACCAGGGAACUGGAGGACCCAAAUUACCUCGGGGGAUUCCAGCGCCUAAUGCUAAUGCUGAGUUGGUCACAUCAGUGCAGAGAAGACAAGGCAACUCUGAUUCACAGAGCCGUAGUGAGGUGUUCAAGCCUUAUCAGGAAGAACCUGCUUGGGGUUUUCCUAUCAAUCCACCUAGACGAACACAAAAUGUCAAAGAAGUGGGUAAAGCUCUAAUGGAUCGGAACCAUAGGGGAGCUUCACAUUCUGGACCGUUGAUUCCAGGAGUUGGAUUGACAAAAACCGGGAACAGAUACGAUGAUAGUUCUAUUGUAUCAACUAGAGGUGACUUAUCAACAUCAUUUUGUUUAGUCGAAUCUAGGACGUCGUUGUCCAAAGAGUGCCAAGAUGAAGAAGGUCCUACACAAGAAGAAGAUACUCAUCAAGUGGGUAGGUCUUCAGAAUCGUCUGAACUAUCGGGACCCACAGCGAAGAAUGGUCGAAAGCAUCGUACGCAAAGCAUCACUAGUUCUCAUCAACCACAAAAAGAAAUGAUGCCGGGUCAUGGGAUAGGGAUAGAGGGAAAUAGGAUUCAAUUUUCGGGUCCAUUAGUGGUUCCAUCAAACAAAGCCAACCAGAUGCUUAAAGAGCGUGAUCGCCACAUUCAAGAUGCUGCUCGACGUGCACGGCUCGAGAGGGCAAGACUCAGGCUCGAGCAAUGCAAAUAACGCCAUCCAACCUGGGAUACUGUCCUCGUCACGGAGUUGGCUAAAUCAGUUUUAGGGGCGUGUUUGUGUCAGAGAGAGAGAUAGAGAAUCCUCUCCGGCACGCAUAAUUAUAAUUUGUGUGCAGUGGUUUUGCUAGUGAUAAAUGAUCUUGUAUUAGCAGAUCAAGUCUGUUUACUUAGAAGUGAAAUGCCGAAGAAUGAACAGAAUCACCAAAUUUAGAAGGAGAUUUUGGUCUAAAGAACAUAUCUGAAUGCUCCUUCCUUCCUUCCUUCAUAUUGUGGAUGCUAUGAUCAGUUUAAAGUGAAGGCAAACAGUGAGAUGAGACAAACA